AUGGCCAAGGCAGCACCCCGGACAGUGCUUAUCUCGGGGUGCUCCUCAGGAAUUGGCCUGGAGCUGGCUGUGAAGCUGGCCCAUGACCCCAGACAGCGCUACCGAGUGGUGGCCACCAUGAGGGACCUGAGAAAGAAGGGGGUGCUGGAGGCAGCUGCUGGAGAGGCUCUGGGGCGCACCCUCACGGUGACCCAGCUGGACGUGUGCAGUGAUGAGUCCGUGGCCCAGUGUCUCGGCGACAUCCCGGGAGGGGAUGUGGAUGUGCUGGUGAAUAAUGCUGGCGUGGGCCUGGCGGGGCCCCUGGAAGGACUCAGCCUCGCUGCCAUGCAGAACAUCUUUGACACCAACUUUUUUGGGGCCGUCCGUCUGGUCAAAGCUGUGCUCCCGGCUAUGAAGAGAAGACGACGGGGCCACAUUGUGGUGGUCAGCAGCGUCAUGGGGCUACAGGGGGUUAUAUUCAACGACGUCUAUGCAGCCUCCAAGUUCGCCCUGGAAGGAUUCUUUGAGAGUCUGGCGAUCCAGCUGCUGCAGUUCAACAUCCACGUCUCCCUGGUGGAGCCCGGCCCGGUCAGCACCGGCUUUGAGGGGAAGAUCCUGGAGCAGGCAGCGUCCACAGAGAACCUGGACACAGACCCGGACACUCUGUGCUCCUUCCGGGAUUGCUACCUCCCAGCCUCCAGGGAGCUUUUCAGCUCAGUGGGGCAAAAACCACAGGAUGUGGCCCAGGUCAUUGUUAAGGUCAUCGGCUCAGCCAGACCUCCCCUACGCAGACAGACCAACGCCAGGUACCGGCCGUUGAUCGCGCUCAAAGCCGUGGACCCCAGCGGUCGCCUGUACGUGCAUACCACCCAUCACCUGCUGUUCCGCUGGCCGCGCCUGCUCAGGUUCGGCCUCCGAUGUCUGGCCUGCGGCUGCCUCCCCAGUCUCCAGGUCCGGCCGGGCCGAGCGGAACCUGAGCAGCCUGAUCCUCCAAACAUGCAGCCUUCCUGA